CCGGCGGCCUCACCGUGGUAACCACAGCGCCGCCGCCACCCCGCCUUGCAGGCCUCUGGACUGUCAUCGCCUUUGGGGGUCCGGGCGCUUUGGCCAUCGUUUCCGGAAAUAGCCCCGCCGGCCUCUGUCAGACACCCCCAUCCUCCCCACGCCGCCGCCGCCGCCGCCAUGCAAGGGGAGGAUGCCAGAUACCUCAAAAGGAAAGUUAAAGGAGGAAAUAUUGAUGUACAUCCAUCAGAAAAAGCACUCAUUGUCCAAUAUGAAGUGGAAGCUACCAUUCUUGGAGAAAUGGGGGAUCCCAUGUUGGGAGAACGAAAGGAAUGCCAAAAAAUCAUUCGUCUUAAGAGUCUCAAUGCCAACACAGAUAUAACUUCCCUGGCUCGGAAGGUGGUUGAGGAAUGUAAACUCAUUCAUCCCUCAAAACUAAAUGAGGUGGAACAGCUGUUGUACUAUCUGCAGAACCGCCGGGAUUCAUUGUCAGGAAAAGAAAAAAAAGAAAAAUCAAGCAAGCCUAAAGAUCCACCUCCUUUUGAAGGAAUGGAGAUUGAUGAAGUGGCUAACAUUAAUGACAUGGAUGAGUACAUUGAGUUGUUAUAUGAAGAUAUUCCUGACAAGGUUCGGGGUUCUGCUUUGAUCCUGCAGCUUGCUCGAAAUCCUGAUAACUUGGAAGAACUACUAUUAAAUGAGACGGCCCUUGGCGCAUUAGCCAGAGUCCUGAGAGAAGACUGGAAGCAAAGUGUUGAGUUAGCUACAAACAUAAUCUACAUCUUUUUUUGUUUUUCCAGCUUUUCUCAGUUUCACGGACUUAUCACUCACUAUAAAAUUGGAGCUCUCUGUAUGAAUAUCAUUGAUCAUGAAUUAAAAAGACAUGAGCUUUGGCAAGAAGAACUUUCUAAGAAGAAGAAAGCUGUUGAUGAAGACCCUGAAAACCAAACCUUGAGGAAAGAUUAUGAAAAAACCUUUAAAAAAUACCAGGGACUUGUAGUAAAACAGGAACAGCUCUUACGAGGGUCAUCGCACUGCCAGGUCAACGCGCCGGUCACGUGGCUCUCUCUGCCCCCCCCCCCCCUAACACGCACGGAGCUGAAGAUGCGGAACAAGAGCAUAGUCCACAUGCUGGUGAAGGCGCUCGACCGGGACAAUUUCGAGCUGCUGAUUCUGGUUGUGUCUUUCUUGAAGAAACUCAGCAUUUUUAUGGAGAACAAAAAUGACAUGGUGGAAAUGGAUAUCGUUGAAAAACUGGUAAAAAUGAUACCUUGUGAGCAUGAAGAUCUCCUGAAUAUCACCCUCCGACUCUUGCUAAACCUCUCCUUUGACACAGGGCUGAGGAAUAAGAUGGUGCAAGUCGGACUGCUUCCCAAACUCACCGCACUCCUAGGCAAUGAAAACUACAAACAAAUAGCAAUGUGUGUUCUUUACCACAUAAGCAUGGAUGACCGCUUUAAAUCUAUGUUUGCAUACACUGACUGUAUACCACAGUUAAUGAAGAUGCUCUUUGAAUGUUCGGAUGAACGAAUUGACCUGGAACUCAUUUCUUUUUGCAUUAAUCUUGCUGCGAACAAAAGGAAUGUACAGCUUAUCUGUGAAGGAAAUGGACUGAAGAUGCUCAUGAAGAGGGCUUUGAAGUUCAAGGAUCCACUGCUGAUGAAAAUGAUUAGGAACAUUUCCCAGCAUGAUGGACCAACUAAAAAUUUAUUUAUUGAUUAUGUUGGGGAUCUCGCAGCCCAGAUCUCUAACGACGAAGAGGAGGAGUUUGUGAUUGAAUGUCUGGGGACUCUUGCAAAUUUGACCAUUCCAGACUUAGACUGGGAAUUAGUCCUUAAGGAGUACAAGUUGGUUCCAUACCUCAAGGAUAAACUGAAACCAGGUGCUGCAGAAGAUGACCUUGUUUUAGAAGUGGUUAUAAUGAUUGGGACUGUGUCCAUGGAUGACUCUUGCGCUGCAUUGCUCGCCAAAUCUGGGAUAAUCCCCGCACUCAUUGAACUUCUGAAUGCUCAACAAGAAGAUGACGAAUUUGUGUGCCAGAUAAUUUACGUCUUCUACCAGAUGGUGUUCCACCAAGCCACAAGAGAUGUCAUAAUCAAGGAAACACAGGCUCCAGCAUAUCUCAUAGAUCUGAUGCAUGAUAAAAAUAAUGAAAUCCGAAAGGUCUGUGAUAAUACACUAGAUAUUAUAGCGGAAUAUGAUGAAGAAUGGGCUAAGAAAAUUCAGAGUGAAAAGUUUCGCUGGCACAACUCUCAGUGGUUGGAGAUGGUAGAGAGUCGUCAGAUGGAUGAGAGCGAGCAGUACUUGUACGGCGAUGACCGAAUUGAGCCAUACAUCCACGAAGGAGACAUUCUCGAAAGACCCGACCUUUUCUACAACUCGGAUGGAUUAAUUGCCUCUGAAGGAGCCAUAAGUCCAGAUUUCUUCAAUGAUUAUCACCUUCAGAAUGGAGACGUAGUCGGGCAGCAUUCAUUUCCUGGCAGCCUUGGGAUGGAUGGCUUCGGCCAGUCAGUCGGCAUCCUGGGGCGCCCCGCCACGGCUUAUGGAUUUCGCCCUGACGACCCAUACUACUACGGCUUUGGCCCACGAUGAAUCCCCGUCCACGUGCACGCUCGGCUUAGAGGAAACGUGUGGGUUGGGCUAACUCUGACCCUCGGGCUAAUAAUGCAUGUUGAAACUGCCGUGGGUCUGUCUGUGUUUCUUGUCAUGUUCCAUGUUGCUCUCUGCAGAUUAACCCUGCCCCUCCCGUCCCGCGUUCGGUACAGCGGGUGCUCGGCACUUCACUCCUCAAACCACUUCUUGACCCUGGAUGAUAGUCCUCGUGAGACUCAAAAGUUACUGCUGAAAAGCAACUAGGCUGGAAAACAAACUCUACAUUAUGUACAUGAAGUGACUCAUUCUAUUAAAAAGAAGCAUAAAGUACAAAUGAAUUAGUGAAAGUCAUGUGUUUCUAUUUAAUGUGUUUCGUUAGGAGUUGCAUGCUUAUUUGGGUGCAUAUGAAUUUUUUUCCUGUCCUUUUUUCCCCCUUGUGAUAUGUGCUACCUUUGAAAUGUAUACAAAGAUGUCACCUUUUUAUUCAUGCCGUGUGCCUGAAAGGUUGCUUCCCAAAGUUACGAUGAGUUUUCAAUUAACAAUGGAACAUAUGCUUGUUAUGUUAUAUAUAAGUAGAGUCUGUUCAGCUGUUUGAAUUCAUGUAUUUCUGACAGUAAUAUAGACAACCUGGGACAUCCGUUAAUAUACAUGAAACUAGACUAGUAUUGGGCUUUUAAAUUUUAUUUCUGAAAUCUGAAGUAUGGAAAAGCGACAGGUCUCAUUGAGGAAAACGAGGGAACAGAAUAUUUUGCUCACUAUGAGAUACUCAUUCUCCGUUUGUUCAUUGUUUUUAUAAGGUAGAUUUAGGUAGUAAGAAAUGGAAAGUCCUAAUUCUGAGUUUUAAAUGUUACAACAUUGUAAUGUUAUAAUGUUGAAAAUUUAAAGCAAAAUAACUAUAAUCUAGAGAUAUUUCCUUGAGCACUUGCUGUGGAAGGAAUUAUAUGAGACUUUUAAAGGAACACAUGAAUCAAAGACAAGGCUUCUGUUCUUGAAUUUAAAACCUCAUUGUUUUACACUAUUUACUGGCUUGAUUUAUAGUUUAAGCAUAGAAUUGUAGAGCUGGAAAGGGCCUAUGAAAUAAUUCAAUCCAUCUGCUUAUUUGAAAAAUCAAUCAUAUAAAAAUUUUAAAUAUAAAUAUCAACAGAUUUUUUAAAACUACUUCAUAUGUAUAAGGAAGUAUAUGAUGCUCUUUAGGGAAUAUGUGAAUCUAAAAUAUGAUUUGUGUCUUUGAGCUUACAACCUAAUCAGUCUUUCUAAAAACACAUUUGUCCUAGUUUUCUAUUUUAAUCAUAGAAUAUUAAAGCUUGAAAGGACCCUA